UUCUCCGGUUGGAAGCGGGGCGCCGAGAACGGAAGUGCCGCAGCGGCCGUAAGGAGGGGACCAGGGUUCGGCUCCUCAGUCCUGUGGCGGCUCCCGCUCUCUGGCUCCGCGCACCAUGGGCACCCGCGACGACGAGUACGACUAUCUCUUCAAAGUUGUACUUAUUGGAGACUCUGGUGUGGGCAAAAGUAACCUCCUUUCUCGAUUCACUCGCAAUGAGUUUAACUUGGAAAGCAAAAGCACUAUUGGAGUGGAAUUUGCGACAAGAAGCAUUCAAGUUGAUGGCAAGACAAUAAAGGCGCAGAUAUGGGACACAGCAGGACAAGAACGAUACCGAGCUAUAACAUCAGCGUACUACCGUGGGGCUGUUGGGGCUUUGUUGGUUUAUGACAUUGCCAAGCACCUUACCUAUGAAAACGUGGAGCGAUGGCUGAAAGAACUGAGAGAUCACGCUGACAGUAACAUUGUCAUUAUGCUGGUGGGUAAUAAGAGUGAUUUGCGUCAUCUGCGCGCAGUCCCUACAGAUGAGGCCAGAGCUUUUGCAGAAAAGAAUGGCUUGUCAUUUAUCGAGACAUCUGCUUUAGACUCUACGAAUGUGGAAGCUGCUUUCCAGACUAUUCUGACAGAGAUCUAUCGUAUUGUUUCUCAAAAGCAAAUGUCAGACAGACGUGAAAAUGAUAUGUCUCCAAGCAACAAUGUGGUUCCCAUCCAUGUCCCACCAACCACUGAAAACAAACCAAAGAUGCAGUGCUGUCAGAAUAUAUAAUUGUUUCUUCUUUCCUAAAAGGCUGUGUAUAUUCCCAGGUCCAAGAUUUAAAUAUAUUUGUAAUUCUUGUGGUUA